UAGGGCUUGAGUAGAUUUCCCGGUUUGUGGACUCCAUCUCCCAGAAUUCCUGAUCGCUGCCGACAGUGUUUAGGACUUUCGGGAGUUGAAGUCCACUGGUUGUAUCCAACGGAGACAUCGAGCUGCGAGAGGGAAGCAGGCCUUUCCCUGAGUCAAGAUGGCGCUCUCUCCGGUUUACUAGCUAUCAUGCCAGGCGUGAUGGCUCUGCGGAAAGCGACGUUGCUGGCGAGGAUCACGGCCAGGGGACUGCGCGAAGCGGAGCCAGGGUUUAGAUGUAUUUCUGCUAUUCCCAGUUCCACACCUUCUGCUGAGGAUGAAGUGGAUACAAGAGAAAAUGAGAUUGUAAACCCUGACUUCACUAACCGGAACCCACGUAACCUGGAACGCUUGGCUCUGGCAAGGAAGGAACGGGGCUGGAGAACCACAUGGCCCAAACGAGACUAUUGGCAUAGGUUGCGACUUGUGCGAUCACAGAAGCACGUGGAGGCCUACGUUGAGCAUUGCAGUGGCCACAUUGUCGUCUCCGCGUCCACCCGAGAGUGGGCCAUCAAGAAACACCUUCACAGUACAUCCAACAUGGCAGCAUGUGAGAAUGUGGGACGAGUACUAGCACAACGCUGUCUUGAAGCAGGAAUCGGCUUAGUGGACUUUCGUGCUAUAAUUCCAUGGGAAAGGCGUAGCGAAACGGUCAAACAAUUUGAAAAUGCUAUGACAGAAGGUGGUGUUACUUUGACAGAGGUACGAAGAAUAUAUGGAUAAACUGAAGAUUCACAAGAAGACACUGAGAAAUACUGUUCCAAAGUCUGUUCUUUCAGGAGAAAUAACUGUAGUUUAAUAAUACUGAACCAUGUGUUGAUAAAUAAAAAUAUAAAGAUGGA